GUGCGAUCGUUGGCAGCUGCCGAAGCUCAAGCGUGAGAUAAAGGAAAUCGAAUCUACAGGUGUUUGGAGAACGGUUUCAUGCGUUUUAUACGAACUUUUGCAAGGAUGGCAUCUGAAGCAAAGCGGGUGAAGCUGAGCGGAGAUGAUCGGUCUCAGAAGCUCUCUGCCUUGACAGCUGCAGGAUGGAAGGAAGUAGAAGGCCGGGAUGCCAUCCAGAAAGAAUUCACUUUUGGGAACUUCAAUCAGGCCUUUGGUUUCAUGACCCGUGUGGCGCUCAAGGCAGAGACCAUGAACCACCACCCAGAAUGGUUCAACGUCUACAACCGUGUGGACAUCACGCUCAGCACUCAUGACGUCGGUGGGCUGUCCGAUAACGACAUCAACAUGGCCAAUUUCAUCGAGAAGGCGGCGACGACGUCAGCCUAGUAAUCUUUCCUUCUCUUGGAUUCCAGGGACCAGUAACCCAAAGCUUGGCAAUCAAUUUCAUUCUUCAUUUCAGUGAUUGAUUGUGAUUGUAGUCUAUGUGAUCUGUCGUAAAUAAUUGUGCUAUGAUCAUUGCUAAGUUUUGUGUUACGGGGCCCUCGGUAACGAAACCGUCAUCCAUCUACCUUCUUCAACCGUAGAAAGAGCAUUCAUACUGAAACACAAGAGAUGUGUGUAUGAAAAUGCAUUUAAAGUAUUUAAUAUGCAAGGAUUGUUUGUUAGGUUAUGUUAUGAACAAUGUCUCGCUUCAUGAUACCAAAAGGGUGUGAUACUUGUGUUUUCAUUUUGAAAACACGUUUACACUAAAACGUGACACGUGUGACGUGUGUUACACUGACAUGCAUUGAAGUUAUGACACAAAUGAUAUACUAUGAAUACGAUUUCACAAUACAUACUGCCGUACUUAGGCAAAAGGAAGCAAGUUACCAAAGUAUAAUUUGUUGUAAAUGAGCAAUGUGUGUUCGUCAUUUACGUAGGCGUCAAUGCAAUUUAACAGCAUAUUUUCAUUACCUUUCCAUAGAACAAUCAUUUCUUCCAAAAUGUUGCCUAAAACGUGCAACUUACAAAGGGUGUUUCAGAAACAACAACAACUCAAAUUUGACUCCUGUGACACUUGCUUCCUUUUGUCACAAAGUUUGGCAGCAUACA